UAAAUUGUGGUUGUCUCUGAGACUGACCGGUGACCACUGACCGGUACUUGUGUUGUCCAGUGAUAUAAUAUAGCCUGUAUUAAAUUGUAAAAAUUCAUACCGUCUUUUCAAUCUUUUUAAACAUCCCAGUUCGAUUCAUUCAGAGUCAUUCAAAUUUCACUCGUUUACACCAUGCAAUUAAUUCAAUUCUUUAAUAUAGUCACAGGCCAACCAUAUUCUCAUCUAUAAUUUUUUCAUUUUUUACAUUAUUAAUUGCACAUUUUUCAAUAUAAUGCAUAGUACUAAAUCGAAUGUAUCUUAUUUAGCUUGUUAAUUUUAUUAAUACUGUCCAGUAGAGUAAAUUUAUUACACAAGUUAUUUGAUAAAUUUGUGAAUAUGUUAAAAUUCAAUAAUUUAAUUAAGCAAUUGAAAACGAUAAAUAAUUUAAAUUUAACAAGAAAAAUGAACACCAAUAUAAAUUCUAAAUUAUAUCAUGAACAUAACAUUGUAUGGUUCGACGGUGAGAUGACUGGAUUGGACUAUAAUCACCAUACCUUGAUCGAAGCAGCUAUAAUUAUUACUGAUAAACAUUUAAACAUUUUAGCUGAGAGUCCAAAUAUUAUUAUACAUCAAUCAGAUGAAGUGUUAGAAAACAUGGAAGAUUGGCCCAAAAACCAACAUACAUUGAGUAACUUAACUGAAAAUGUUAGAAAGAGCAAUAUAUCAAUUGAACAAGCUGAUCAAAUGUUAUACGACUUUAUCAAACCAUUUACUCCUAAAGGUGUAUGUCCAUUAGCUGGUAAUUCAAUUUACAUGGAUAGAACUUUUAUUAGAAAAUAUAUGCCAAAACUCGAAAGUCAUUUAAGUUAUAGAUUAAUAGAUGUGUCUACUCUAAAAGAGUUGUUUAAGCGCUGGAAACCUGAAUUAGCAGAUGAAGCUCCAAAAAAAUUACUUCAGCAUAGAGCUCUUGAUGACAUCAAAGAAAGUGUUCAAGAGCUCAAAUUCUACAAAAGCUGUUUAAAGUUAUGACUUAUGAUGAAAUAAAUAAAAUUUGCACCAAAACAAGCAUCAUUAAAUAGAAAAAGAAAAUGCUUAGUGCAUUGAACUUUCACACCUAAUUAUAGUAAUAUAAAAUCUAUUAAUAAGAUUAAAUGAUAACCUGAUCUUUACUGAAUUAUAUUGUCAUUUAUCAUUAAUUCUUUUGCUGCAUAAAACAACUAUACAUGGCGGAAUGUAUUCAGAGGAUGCCACGCCCACAUGUGUUCUCUCCGUCAUACAAACGUAGAACAUAGAAAAAAUUGUUUUGCAUGGGAAAGAACAGAGGCUAGUCAUAACUAUGAAAUGUCAUUUUUAUUUUUUUAAUAUAGGAACUACAAAAAAACUUAUUCAAGUUCAAAAAUAAUGGAUUUUAAAUUAAUAAGAACUUUUUUUCAUAUAAGUAAUAUAUAAAGAAUAAAAAAACGAUAUUUCAUGGAUUAUGUUCUCAAUUAUAUUUUGUAUCAAUUUGAUGUCUUAAAACUUUUAACUAUCUCUACAGCCUGAAUGGUUCUAUCGCACGCAAAACAAUUUUUACUAUGUUUUGCAUAUGUAAGACAGAGACUACAUAUGCGUGUGUAGCUUCCCUUUAACAGAUAUAAACAGAUAUUGGUGUUAAGCCAUAUUUAUUUUUGUUUAUUCUUGCACAGAUGAUGACAUGAGAAUUAUUGUUCAAUAAUGUUAAUGAAUUCAUGUAUACCUUUGUAACCAGUUAUACUACUAUUAAAAUACUCUAUUAAAGUAAA